GUAGGUGAGAGGAGGGAGACCGAGAUCGGCCGCCUCUCUGCCAAGCUCAGCCCUAUCUCUUCAAGUUCUACAAGAAAACCGCGAUGGUCAACCCUUCCGACUCACCACAGCUUCUCGGCUGCAGCUGACUGAAGGCAGGCAAGGAAACGGUGGCUCUCUGGGUAAUGACAGGAUUAGGAAGUAGGAACUGAGGACACGUCAUCCUAGUGUCCGGGGCCGACCGCGGCCGUGCCGUCCGCCCGAGCGUAACCAUGGGAACCAUGAUGAAGUUCCUGCUGCUGACCCUGGCGCUGUGGCUGCUGCUUCUUGUCUACAUGCUCGGCAACUUCUACACCGGCGACCCCUCCGCCAAGUCCUCCCACGACCUGGCCCGCGCGCUGGCCGAGCUGGAGAAGAUGAAGCAGCAGAAUGAGGAGCUUCGUCGAAUGGCGGACGAGCUCAGGGUGUCUGCUCGUGACCUACACCAUGACCAGGUACAGAUGUCUCAGGAUGUGGACAGAGUAUCACUCCUACAGGAACAACUGGCCAAGUGUGAGAGCGAUGCCAACAGUAAUAAACAACAAGCUCCAGCGGGAAGUCUGGACUAUCCCAGCAAGAGACACGAGCAGCUGCAGAGGAAGGUGGAGAACGGCGUGCGGGAGAUGUGGUACCUGGUCAAGGCACAGCUCAAACUCAUGAAGUCUGACUCACAGGCGGCAAGCGUCACGGAUAGGAUAGACAACCUGCUGUCAGAUCUGGGGGAUCAUCAGAGAACAAUUCUAUCAGAUACGCAGCAGCUGAGAGAUGUAGAUGGAGGUUUGGAGUGGAGAAGACAGGAGGCCCAGGCACUACAGGACCUGGUGCAGCGCAGACUACACUAUUUACAGAAUCCCAAAGACUGCAGCAAGGCCAAAAAGCUGUUGUGUAACCUGAACAAGGGGUGUGGGUACGGGUGCCAGCUCCACCAUGUGGUGUACUGCUUCAUGGUGGCCUACGGCACGGAGCGUACCAUGAUCCUCAACUCACAGGGGUGGAGGUACUCCAGCGGGGGCUGGGAGAAAGUCUUCCUACCGCUUAGUGAAACAUGCACCGACCCGUCUGGGUCCUCUAGGGGGCCCUGGAAAGGUGAGGAAAAGUCCAAAGACACCCAGGUAGUGGAGAUGCCCAUAGUGGACAGUAUCUACCCGCGGCCCCCGUACCUGCCCCUGGGCAUCCCCCAGGACCUGUCGGAUAGACUGCUCCGUCUCCACGGUAACCCGUCUGUGUGGUUCAUCGCCCAGUUCGUGCUGUACCUGCAGAGGUACCAGCCCCACCUGCAGCAGGACAUCGAGGAGACCGCACAGAGACUCGGCUUCCAACAUCCCAUCGUAGGUAUUCAUGUGAGAAGAACAGACAAGAUUAACACAGAGGCAGCCUACCACAGUAUAGCCGAGUACAUGGAGUGGGUGGAGGAGUAUUAUCAGCUGCUGCAGAAAUCAGAGGAGGUCCAGAAGAAACGGGUCUACCUGGCAACAGACGACUCCAGUCUGUUAAAAGAAGCUCAAAAACAGUACCCUGAUUAUGAGUUUGUGAGUGAUAACGCCAUCUCCAAGUCAGCGGGGCUCAGCAGCAGGUACACGGACAGCGCUCUGCGGGGGGUCAUCAUCGACAUCCACUUCCUGGCUCACUCUGACUACCUGGUCUGCACCUUCUCCUCUCAGGUCUGUCGGGUUGCUUACGAGAUCAUGCAGACCCUGAAGCCAGACGCGGCGGCAAACUUCCACUCGCUGGACGACAUCUACUACUUCGGGGGGCAGGGGGACCACAACCAGGUCGCCAUCGCCAAACACGAGCGGAGAAGUCAGCAGGAAAUCUACCUGGAGCCGGGAGACGAGGUGGGCAUAGCCGGGAACCACUGGGACGGGUACUCUAAAGGUGUGAACAGGAGAACACACAAGAGCGGGCUGUAUCCGUCAUACAAGGUGGAGGAAAAGAUAGAGCUGGUCAAAUACCCAACCUACCCAGAAGUGGAGGAGAACAGCUAACAGUGCUUUUUU